GCCGGAAUAGAGGUCGGCAUCAAGGUGGCGAUGUGUAUGAGUGUCACGGUUGAUUAGAUAUCCUAUACAUAACCUCUGUACGAUUUAAGGUAAUUGAUGGGUGUUGCGGCAUGUUGAAGUGUUGAGAUUGCGUGGUUGCCGGUUUUGUGCUUCCCGGCGUCCUUCCGCCACUUCCUGAACCAUCAGUCUUAUUCUCACACUUUAACAGCACCUUUCAAUGUACACUACUUUUUCACGUACAUAAUGGCACCAAAUAUCCCGUCCCGCGCGCCUAAGAGGGCUCCUGCGCAGAAAGCAAAGACUGUCAUCUCCACGUCUACCAUGUUCAAGAAGACGGCUAGGUCAUUUAGAACAAGCCAGCCUACAUCAAGCACAACAUCCACCUUCAGCGGUAAAUCUCGGAGCUUACAAAAACACGCUUCUAAACCCCGAUCCACUCUCACAUCCAAGUCAACGGCUCGCGUUCAGAAGGAGCUAGAGCACCCGUUGUCUACUGCUUUCAAUGAAGCCUCAAGGAACUACCAGACUACUGUCGUCUCCGAGGCAAAUGCUGCCUUGGACUCAACGCUCCAAUCUCUCUUGACGCGGCUCGAUGAGCCUACACCCCAGGGCCUCGAAAAAGACGAAGAAGAUAGCAACCGUCUUCCCACAACUGCGGAACUUCAAUCCUCACACAACCGCUUGAUCAAAGACCUGACCCUUCCUAUCGAGUACGAGCUUCUAACCUACCCCGAUCCUGUCACAGGACAUUCAGAGAAAUCUCUCGGCGAGCUCAUGAAAGGCUUCAGCAUAGACAUCAAGCGAGCAGAGAAGAAGGAGCAAGAGCUGAUGAAAGAAUGGAGGUCGAUCCAAGGAGAGAUCAAGGACCUCUCGAUUGAGAUCAUGGGACCAGCUGCUACGGAGGCCUUAAUCAAAGGCAAUACCACGAAGACGGUACCUGAAGAGUUAAUGCCAUCCAUGGGACUUGAUACCAAGAAGAUAGACGGGUUCUUGAAAGAGCUCGGUGCGAUAAAAGAGUUAGGUUUCAAGGUGGAAGCUGAGAGGAAGAAGCUGGAUUCGGAGGACAAUACUGAGAAGUUCAUUGCAGAGCUCCGCCAGCGGCUAAAGAGUCAAGGCCUUUAACGGGGACUUGUCUUCUACCCAUCCACUGCAUGAGUUGAACCGUCGUCCUGUCGAAUAUUCGGAUUAUCUUCCGCUG